ACUAGAAAUAAACUUUAUUUGUAAUAAAAAAAUGUUCUAAUUAAAAACAAUAUUAUAAUAAAAAAUACAUCACAACAAUAAUGGAUCGUUCCAAGCGUGACCUUGAGUCAUUGGUCACAUCCCAAAAGGAACAACUUAUUCGCUAUGAAACUAGAUUAAAAGAUGUGGUAACUGCUUACAAGGGUUUGCUAAAAGAAAAAGAAGCCCUAGAAUCUAGUUUAGCAGCAGUUACAUCAGCUAAAGAAGAAUCAACUACUGAAAAAUUAAAAACCCAACCUGACAAUGGUGAAGGCGAAGACCAACAACAACCAAAUACCGCUAAAUCCACAGACAAUACAAAUACAAACGAAAAUGCUACCCAAAGUCAAGUCAUGACUCUAAUGAAUUCCCUGGCAACAUUGUCUGCCGAAAAAUCCCGAAUGGAAGCAUCAUUCCAAGCUGACAAGAAACAAAUACGCUCUCAAUUAGCACAAAAAGACAUUCAAAUAAAUGAACUUGUUGAAAAAAACAAAGCUAUUGCCAAACAAGCUGCACUCGAUAUGAAAAAUUACAAAGCUAAACUUAUUGUCGAACGACAAGAACAUGAAAAAGAAACUAGCAAUCAAAUGCUUAUGAUAAGAGAGUUACAAAAACUCUAUGCCGACGAACGGCAUUUAAAAGAAAAUAUUGAAAUGCAAUUGAAUAAUCUUAAAACUCAAUUUGCAUCGAAUGAUAAUUCCGAUGGUCGUAUAAAGGAGCUUCAGGCUCAGCUUAAAGAAGCCAAAGCUAAACUUAAACAAUUCGAUUCGCAAAAAGAAUCCCAAGUUAGCCACGACAAUACAUCGAUUCUGCAGCAAUUGCAAAACGAAAUGUCACAGCUAAAAGACCAACAUGCGGUGGCUAUUAAAACCGAGCAAAAGCGUGCUCACAUUGCCGAGGAGCGCAACAAAAAGUUGGCAGCAAUUCAUGAGGAUCGUGUGGCCAAUUUGGAAGCACGUCUUGCCGAGUUGUCAGCAACUGUUGGCACAUAUGAUCGAUUAAGACAUCAAGACCAAGAAAGUAUUCAAGCUUUGAAGAGAAAACUACAAAAUCUCAUUCCAUCAGGAGUUUCAGCUGAUAGGUCUUAUGAAGUAAGACGUCUUUCCAAAUCAUCUCUAAAUGAUAUGUCAUCAAUUGUCGAUGAAAUCAUUCGUUUAAAGAAACUUCUAUUAACCGAAAAUGCCAAUUCUUCUAAUCCCAUUGAUAUUUCUAAGAUAUUUACUGUCGGUUCGAAUCAUAGACAAUGCGAAGAGGAUGCAAGCAAACAGCAAACUCUUCUUGAUGCAGCUAGAAAUGAUUGUUCGAAACUUCACGAAGUUAUUCAAGUUCAAAAAUCACACAUUGCAACGCUGCAAGAAAAAGUCAAGGUUCUUAAUCGAAAUAUAGACGAACAAGAAGCGGAGUUAAAACAACAGGAAGAGCGUCAACGACAAGCUGUUAAAGAGGAACGAGAAAAAUGGAAGAACGCUUUGAGUGACAUGGAAAAUGAGUGUCGUUUCAAGCUGAAUGAAAUGGAACAACAAUUACAAAAGCAACGUGUUCGUUCGCUUCAAUUGCUUGAUGAAAAAGAAAAUGAAAUUAAAACGUUGCAGACAUCUUUUGAUGUUUUCGCUCAGCCAAGGGUAGUAGCCAAUGACAAUAUCAAUCAAGAAGAAUCCAAUUCGAAUUCGAGUGAGACACAGAAAGAAAGAAAAACUUCUUCAUCAAAUGCCAAAACAUUGGGAAUGGGUGAAAAUUGUCAUAUGCUGCAUUAUGCCAAUGAAAUAGCUCGCAAAGAUAUUGAAAUUGCUGGAUUGAGAAAAACAAAAUAUGCAGCGGAAACAGCACUUCGCAAGGCUUUGCAGGACAAAGCAACAUGUGAAGAAGAUUUGAGAGAUGAAAUUGCUCAGCUUAAACAAGAAGUUGAUCGUUUGGAACGCUGCAAAACACGAGAAGGUGCCAAUUUGGAAUAUUUGAAAAAUGUUUUCAUUAGCUUUUUAUCUACGAAAAGCAUUGAAGGCAAAGGUCACAUGAUAAAUGCUAUUGGUGCAGUUUUGCAGUUUACUCCUGCAGAAAUUCAAGUUAUCAACAGUGUAUUCCAUAAGAAGUAAGAUGUAUAGCAAGGAAGUUU